AUGAGUCUUGGCAGGCUUUUGAUUCACUUACAGCUGCUGCUCGGCAUACAGGCAUCAGCGUUUCUCACAUCUCUCAAGUCUGUAGGGGGCUGCGCAGGCAUGCUGGCCCUUGGGAGUUCAAAUUUGCGCCGCAACAACCAGUUCUGGGAGAAGAGUGGCGACCCGUUGUUCUGGAAGGGGCCCGUGUCACCGUGCUCAGAUCUAACAGUAUGGUUCGAACGGGCCAAAAGCAAUUCGGCUCCUGUUAGCAUGCCACCAUUCUUGGAAGCCGACUGCUUGCACGGAAAAGGUUCAACCCAUGUGUACAUGGGUAAGAGGAAGAAGUCUUUCCUUCGAAGGUGA